GGGAGGCAUCUCCACAAAACUGAUACACUAUUCAUAAUCAGAUGCUCUACAUGAAUUUGCUUAACUGGUGAAGACCGCUCAAUUUAUGAAGUGACUGUGUGUAGCCACCAGCCUACACCCUUAAUCUCAAAGGGAUGGAGCCCCACAAUUUAUCUUGCGCCAUCUGCUUGGACUGGUUCCGAGUCCCAGUCACCCUCCCAUGCGGUCACACCUUCUGUCAGGACUGCAUCACGGCCCACUGGGAGGCCAAGAGCCGCUCCAACAUCGGACCCCAGUGCCCCGUCUGCCUCGAGGAGUUUGCCACCCGGCCCGUCCUCAAACGCAACGUGUCGCUCUCCCUCCUGGGCGAGGCCACGGCGAGCGCCGCCUGUGCCCUCGGCAGGGACCCGUCGGCCGCGGCGACGAGGGGCGACGGCGGCCGGGACGCGCCCCCGGUGUGGUGCGAGCGCCACAGGAAGCCCCUGGUGUACUUCUGCAAGCAGGACAACAUGUGUGUGUGCUACGAGUGUGCCCUCAACGAGUGCAAGAACCACAGCCAGGUGCUGGUCGAGGUGGAGAGGGAGGAACGAGAGAGGCUUCUGAGAAGGAAGAGUGUGGACAUGGGGAAACGCAUGGAGGAGACCGAGAGGAGCAUUGCCGAGCUGACGGAGAACAUCGAAAAAAACAAGGUGACCCUGGACCAGACCUCCCACUGGGUGGAAGCCAAGUUCAGCCUGCUGCUGAAGGUGCUGCAGGAGAAGCGGGACUCCACCGAGGGGUUCCUGCAGCGGGAGAAGGAGAGGACCCUGGACCAGGCGGAGGCCAGGCUGGCCUCCCUGAGAGACAGAGCCCAGGAGCUCAGGGAGAGACAGGGCCAGAUAGCAGCUCUGCGUGACCUCCCUGACCCACAGCUAAUACAGGACUCUCGGCUGGUGGAGGUUCCUCGCCAGCAGGACGUUCCUGUGGACGUGACCUGCAACCUCCAGGAGAGGCUGAGCGGCGUCACGGACGUUCUGUCGCGCAUCUCCAAGCUGGUGUCUGAAGAUCUGGAGAAGGCCGUGUGCGCGGCAGUGGGCCAGGACAAGCAGGGUUCCCCCCAGGAUAAGCGUCCGGUGCUGGCAGUGGUUCCAAGCCCUGCUGCCCCCUGUUAUCCAGGAGGGAAACAUGGCCUCAACGCAUACCGCUGCUCCCUGACCUUUGACCCCCGCACUGCCAACGCUCACCUGCUCCUGUCCCAGGAGAACCGCCGGGCGGAGCACCUGACGUCGGGGCCGCGUCCCGUCCCCGCCCACGAGGCGCGCUUCGACCACACCUGGCAGGUGCUGUGUUUCCAGGGCUUCACCCACGGACAGCACUAUUGGGAGCUGGAGGUGUCCAAGCCCUGGGCCUACCUGGGGGUCACCUACGAGGGAAUCCCCCGCAAGGAGAAAGGCAAGCGGUGCAUGGUGGGCAUGAACGAGCUCUCCUGGAGCCUGCAGCUGGACGAGCGCCAGCUGAACGCGUGGCACGGCGGGCGGCGCGAGGCAGUGGCCGGCCACUCCCAGCAGCACCAGCGCGUGGGCAUGCUGCUGGACUACGAGGCGGGCACGCUCACCUACUACGGCGACGGCCAGACCAGGCUGCACGCCUUCCACUGCGCUUUCACCCAGGAGCUGUUCCCCGCCUGCUGGAUAGGGGAGGGAGUCAGCAUCACGCUCUGCUCCCCCUAGCCCACCAACAGCACCCACACGCCACGGGACACAAGGGGAAAGGGAACUGAGGGCAAAAGCUUCACUUGAUGACUGUACAGGAAGUGAUGUGGCGAACAGACUUUUCGGCGGAUCAAAGUAGAGGACGCCCUGAAGAUUCACCUAUCUACUGUGUCCUUCACCUGCCUCUGUUCCUAACCUUUAACUAUCUGGGGAUAGUGGAUGAAUUAGGUCUGACUCUGUAUCAGAGGGUAGGGUAGGGUUAACUUCUAGGUCUAUACUGAGUAGUGUAGUGUUGUCUGAGAGGCCAAGCCUUGUCCUGGCGAGCAAAAAGAGAGACACUUCCUGUCUUUCUCUCGGACCUGACCGUGUCACCACUUUCUUGACCAAUCGUCUUCUCAGAACUGUAACCAGGGAUGAAACGGGAUAGUUUUAUCUGGAGGGUGUAGGUUUAUAGGUGGUGUCACCUUUUACUGAACUGGAUCAGCCUUCAUUUUGCUUCGAGCCAUUCAGUUUUUCAGUCGGGUGGUUUUAGUGGGUGCAGAAACCCAUGUAGAAAAAUAAGCAAGUUAUAAGUAUAGGUCCCACCCCAUGUACAGAUGUUAGAUUGUCAACCUUCUGUAAUCUAGUCCCCAGAGACGUGUUACCUUUGUGGGGUAACUGGGACACCGGCUGAUAGAACACGCAUUUGAACCAAUCACAAAAGUAGUCAUAAUAGUCCCCGAAGCAAAACAAGUAGUUUGUAAUUUUAUUGCGGCACCCAAACAUAUAUGCUAAUGCAAAAGUUCAUGAACCUACUGGAUGCCGAACGUUUUACUUUAGCACCGACACAGACAGCGACGGUGGCCCCCUACGAGGCAGCGAUAGCGUCAUAGCUCGCUAGCUCAGGUACAUUUGGGAUUUCACUCGAGAACGACUGCUUGAAAGAUUAGUUCAUUACUAAUGUUCCUACUGGCCUCUUCGAGACACAUUGACUUGACAAGUGAUUACCAAGAACAGCUGUGAACCGGGAAUGUUCUGGUAAACACGACUCUGCACAGCGGACGAUCCCUAGGGAUAAACUGAUUUGCACAGGUUCUCCGGAAGCACAGAUCGGCAGUACUGUAGCAGAAAGAAGGGAUAAGCACAUUUAAAUGUCGGAUGACUUUUCAGUGAGAGCCUUCUUGGCACUGGGACUGAAGAUUAUGUGAACAUCUGUACUGUGCUAGGAAUACAGAUGGGAUUUACUAAUCCAUAAUGUAACUCAUGAACGCGUAGCACAAGGUCCUUUUAAUAAAAGUUUCAUGCAUAGGCUACUGUUACGUUCACAAGUGAUACCAUGCUUAUUGUCAAUAAUCCAUUUUCAGAGUUUGCACUUUGAAAACCUGCUACAUGGUACUAAUGUAUGGACGUGUAAAUCAUUUGCGUCCCGCAUUUCUAUUGGCCCAUAAUGUCCUUCGAUGAAGAUUGUAAUAUUAUCACAGUAGGGCCUACUGGUUGACAGCGUAGUCAGUUUUACAGUAUCCAUUGUAUCUUAAUCAUAAUAUCCAUACAAUUUAGUACGUCAAUUUAGUACUACACCAUCAUUAGAUAAUUGAAGAACAUACUGUAAUUUAAGACAAAUAAAUAACACAGCACUUCCCAUCACACAAGAUCAGUUUAAUAAAAUCCAAUCCAAUGCAUACUGUGUUAAGUUCACAACUGAUACCAUGCUUUUAGUUAGUUCAAUAAUACAUUUGACCAUUCAUAAUAAUAAAAUACUAAAUAACUUAGAAGGGAGAAAGUGAAAUAAAUAAAUAGCCAUAUAUUACGUAUAACUAUUAUUGUACACACAGCGAUGACAGAGCAAACUGGGUUCUGAUGCAUGGUGUUCUGUGCGACGAAUCUGCCACCCGAUUCGUGCCACAAACACAGAAAGACGGCUGUACAGAGAGAGGCCCGACUACUAAAGUGCUCCGAAUAAAUUUUGAGAGAUUAACCUCAAACGUGCGUCAGUAAUGAACAAAGAAAUAGAAGCACUGCUGUCGUUCCAUGUGACUGCCACCCAGGUUCCAGACUGUUCCCAGGGACUCCGGAACGCAGCAUGCGCGUGUUCUAGAAUGUUCAUUAGAAUGUUCAUGGAGAGGGCAGUUGCAGACCAGGAUGUGACAUCGCUGGGAUCUAUACUCUCACACACGAUAAUCCUGGGUAAAAGCAGGGCGUCACCCCUGGCCUGGAUGCCCCAGAGGGGAGCUUUAAUCUGGGAUCAGGGAUGCACCGCUGGACAUGAGACACAACACCGGCUAUUCUGCUUUGGCAUCAUUCAUUACUACCCAAUAUCAGCACCGCCCCCCCCCCCCCCCCCCCCCCCCCCCCCCCCAUGCGCUGAUCCAGCUCUAACAUACCUUUCUAGUAGUUAGGUUAGUCACCUGCUGAGAUGAACCCUGUUUUCCCAGGAGGUCUAGUCUGCCUUCACACAGCUAUUCUCUUUCUCACUUUGAAGAUGAAUGACCAAAAGGAUGUACACUCGAGACAUAAAUUA